UCUCUCUCGGCUCCAGUCACAUGGCACCCCCUCAUCUCCCCCUCUCCUCCUCCUCCUCCUCCCCCACGGCCGCUCUGAAUGAAUGGAAUAAAGGCUGGCUCAUUCAGAAGAGCGAGGGACAGAUUCCGGGAGAAGAGCUCAGCGACGCAUUCCACCUUUCCUCUAGUUAGUAUUUCCAGCACCGAACCAGGACCAGGACCGGGACUAGACCGGGGUUCGCACCGGGCCUAGACCAGGACUAAACCGGUGGUACCAAAGCUGCUGCAGGCCAAAUUGUGGUCAAGAUGAGGCUGCUGCUGCCAUUGGUUCUCCUGGUUUUGGAAGUUAAGGCCCAAGAAAGAGGCCUGUUCCCCGCCAUCCUGAACCUGGCGUCCAACGCGGAGAUCAGUGCCAACGCGACCUGUGGAGACAGCGAGCCCGAGGUCUACUGUAAACUGGUGGAACACGUCCCGGGGAGGAGGAUCAAGAACCCCCACUGCCCCAGAUGUGACAGCCGAUCAGCAUCACAUAAAGAGCGCCACCCCAUCACCAACGCCAUCGACGGGACCAACCAGUGGUGGCAGAGUCCUAGUAUCAAGAACGGGAGACAGUUCCACUGGGUCACCAUCACUCUGGACCUCAAACAGAUUUUUCAAGUGGCUUACAUCAUCAUCAAAGCAGCUAACUCUCCUCGACCAGGUAACUGGAUCCUGGAGCGCUCUCUGGACGGCGUAAACUUCGAGCCGUGGCAGUUCUACGCCAUCAGCGACAGCGAGUGUUUGACGAGGUACAACAUCACGCCCCGUCUGGGACCACCCACCUACAAGAGCGACACAGAGGUCAUCUGCACGUCCUACUACAGCCGCCUCAACCCGCUGGAGCACGGAGAGAUCCACACGUCUCUCAUUAAUGGACGCCCCGGAGCAGACGACCUGACCUCCGCCCUGCUGGACUUCACCUCGGCGCGCCACAUCAGACUGAGACUGCAGCGAAUCAGGACACUCAACGCCGACCUCAUGACCCUGAGCACGCACGACCCCCGCGACAUCGAUCCCAUCGUCACCAGGAGGUAUUUCUACUCCAUCAAAGACAUCUCAAUCGGAGGCAUGUGUAUCUGCUACGGCCACGCACAGAGCUGCCCCCUGGACCCAGUCACCCAGAAACUACACUGUGUCUGUGAACACAACACGUGCGGAGAGAACUGCAACGAGUGCUGCCCGGGGUACCACCAAAUGCCAUGGCAACCGGGCACAGUCACCGACGGCAACACCUGUGAGAAAUGCAACUGCCACAAUAAGGCGGAGGAAUGCUUCUACAAUCAGACCGUAUCGGACCUGCGCUUGAGUCUGAACGCAGCGGGGCAGAGGCUGGGGGGCGGAGUCUGCGUUAACUGUCAACACAACACCGCCGGGGUCAACUGUGAGACGUGUGCAGAUGGGUUCUACAGACCUCAGGGGGUGUCGCCGUACUCCGACUCUCCCUGUGUCCUGUGUGACUGUGACCUCAGAGGAUCCAUGUCCUCCGUGUGUGUGAGGGACGACUCCACGUCUGGCUCGUCUUCAGGCCAGUGCCCGUGCAGAGAGGGCUUUGCUGGGCGCAGGUGUGAGCGCUGUGCUUUCGGAUACAGGGACUUCCCUCUGUGCUCCAAGUGUGAGUGUAACCUGGCAGGAAGCACCAACUCUGACCCCUGUGAGGAGUGUGUGUGCAAGAAAAAUGUGAUGGGGUUCAACUGUGACCUGUGCAAAUCUGGCUUCUACAACCUCCAGCCUGAAAACGCCCAUGGCUGCACCGACUGCUUCUGCUUCGGAGUGUCUAACGUCUGUGAGAGCUCCUCCUGGUCCACCAAUCAGGUGACUUUCUCCAACGCCUGGCUCCAACCUGUUGAUCAGCUCCACCCCCUCACUGUAGUCCACGACAACAACUUCCUCCUGCCAAUCAACCGCUCCAGAGGCCACGCCCACCAGUAUGAGAUGUCCUGGGACGCCCCCAGCAAUUUUUUGGCUAAUAAGCUGACUUCCUUCAGGGGGAGGUUAAACUACACGCUUUUCUACGACGUCCCAUUGGAUAAUUUAGACCGCUCUCUCUCCGCCCACUCUGAUGUCAUCAUACAGGGAAACGGCCGCUCCCUGCGUCUGUCCCGCCCUCACCUGGUCUCCCUGUCCCCUCUGUCGGAGCGCUCCGUUGCCGUGGUGAUGGGCCCUCAUCAGUUUGUGGAUGACGUCAGGGGUGAUCACGUGACGCGCGAUGACCUGCUGACCGUGCUGAGCGACGUCACCACGCUGAGGGUCCGGGUGCUGCUCAACUCCUCUGCUGCAGGGCCUAUUCGCCUGGGCUUGGUGUCUCUGGAUGUAGCCGACCCGGUGUCCGUCUCCGGGAACAAGGCGGUUGCCGUGGAGACGUGUGAGUGUCCGUACGGCUACAGCGGCACGUCCUGUGAGUCAUGUCUGCCAGGUUUCUACCGCGUCGCAGGAGUUUUAUUCGGAGGGAACUGUCUCCAGUGUGAAUGUAAUGACCACUCCUCCGUCUGUGAUUACCAUGGACUGUGCCUGUCUUGUUCCCACAACACCACAGGGCCCCAUUGCGAGCAUUGUUUGCCCGGUUUCUAUGGCGAUGCCACCGAGGGGACGGAGCAGGACUGUAAGAAAUGCCCAUGUCCUUUGACCGCCGCAUCCAAUAGUUUCAGUCCCACCUGCCUCCUCCAGUCUAAUGGACAGGUGACAUGUGACCAGUGUCAGGAGGGCUACACCGGCAACAACUGUGAGAGAUGUGCCAGUGGUUUCUACGGUAACCCGCAGGUGUUGGGCGGGUCCUGCUCGCGGUGUGAGUGUAACGGGAACGUGAACUGGGAGGAAACGGGGCACUGUGAUCGUGUGACCGGGGAGUGUCUGCUGUGCACCCGGAACACCGCGGGACACCACUGCGAGCGCUGCCGGGAUGGUUACUACGGCGACGCCCUGCACGCCAAAAACUGCACAGGAUGUGGUUGUGACGUAUACGGAGCUGUGUCCUCUGUGUGUGAUGUGUCCACUGGGCGCUGUGACUGCAAGGCCAACGUGGAGGGCCGAGCCUGCGAUCGCUGCAUGUCUGGCUUCUUCGGCGUCGAAAGCGGACAGGGCUGUGUGCCGUGCAGCUGCAGGAAAUCGGGUUCUGUGUCUGAAUCAUGUGAUUCCGAGGGGCGGUGCCAGUGUGUGGAGGGCGUGGGCGGAGACAAGUGUGACCAAUGUGCUCGCGGAUACUACAACUACCUGGACGGACGUUUCAGUCCCACCUGCCUCCUCCAGUCUAAUGGACAGGUGACAUGUGACCAGUGUCAGGAGGGCUACACCGGCAACAACUGUGAGAGAUGUGCCAGUGGUUUCUACGGUAACCCGCAGGUGUUGGGCGGGUCCUGCUCGCGGUGUGAGUGUAACGGGAACGUGAACUGGGAGGAAACGGGGCACUGUGAUCGUGUGACCGGGGAGUGUCUGCUGUGCACCCGGAACACCGCGGGACACCACUGCGAGCGCUGCCGGGAUGGUUACUACGGCGACGCCCUGCACGCCAAAAACUGCACAGGAUGUGGUUGUGACGUAUACGGAGCUGUGUCCUCUGUGUGUGAUGUGUCCACUGGGCGCUGUGACUGCAAGGCCAACGUGGAGGGCCGAGCCUGCGAUCGCUGCAUGUCUGGCUUCUUCGGCGUCGAAAGCGGACAGGGCUGUGUGCCGUGCAGCUGCAGGAAAUCGGGUUCUGUGUCUGAAUCAUGUGAUUCCGAGGGGCGGUGCCAGUGUGUGGAGGGCGUGGGCGGAGACAAGUGUGACCAAUGUGCUCGCGGAUACUACAACUACCUGGACGGACGGUGCACAGAAUGCAACUGUGCCCACACUGGAGGCAACUGUAACGCCGAGACUGGAGAGUGCAUUUGCCCUGCACACACACAGGGGGCGAAAUGUGAAAAGUGCAAACCUGACCAUUGGGGCCACGACCCGGUGACUGGCUGCCAAUCGUGUAGUUGCAGUUCAUCCGGCAGCUUUACCUCCCAGUGCGACCUGAGCAGCGGACAGUGCAGCUGCAGAGAGGGCUUCGGGGCCAGCUCAUGUGACCGCUGUGCCCCUGGUUACUAUGGUUACCCCGAGUGCGCCCCCUGUGGGUGUGACCCUGCGGGCACGGAGGAAGAGUUCUGUAACGGGACCACAGGGAUAUGCGACUGUCUCCAGGACGGACAGUGUGUUUGCAAGUCGGGGGUAUCGGGGCGUCGCUGUGAAGAGUGUGUGUCUGGGCGGUUCGCUCUCUCCUCUCUGAACCCUGAAGGAUGCUCCCAGUGCUACUGCUCUGGACUGAGCCAGGACUGUGAGGAGCAGGGAGGCUUCACCACGACUCAGCUCUUGGUGCCCUCUCCCUCAGUGCUGCCGGUGGUGUCUCAGUCGAAUCUGAAGGGUGUGUUGUCUGGAGUGUUUGUACAAGAUGGAGAUGUUCUUUUGGACAUGAGACACUUGGAGACUUCAGGCCUAUUUGGACCCCUCUAUUGGAAACUACCUCACGUCUUCACUGGCAAAAAGUUACUGUCAUAUGGAGGAACGCUGUCUUACGCCGCUGUGUUCUACGCAGAGGACGGACAGGGCUUGACCAAUCAGGAGCCUCAGGUGCUGAUGAGAGGCGGGACUUUGAGGAAGCUGGUCAUUUACACCGACAUGCCGGCGCCUAGCAACGGAGUUAGAGCGAGACACGACAUCAGGUUAACAGAGCAUCGCUGGCGUUACUUUAACUCGGUCAGUGAAAAAGCAGUGACUCGAUCUGACUUCAUGAUGGUGCUAAGUAACAUUCAGUACAUCAUCGUCAAAGCGUCUUAUGGGAGCCGCCUACAACAGAGCAGGAUCUCCAAUAUCACCAUGGAAACCGCAGUUGAGGAGGAAGGAGAGGUCACAGGGGGUGUGGCCAGACAAAUCGAGUCGUGCGAUUGUCCGUGGGGCUACUCGGGUCUGUCCUGUCAGGAAUGUGCACCAGGUUUUUUCCGACAGCCCCUCUCGGAAAUCUCUCCUCGGAACCAGCGGAGUUUGUUUGUGCGGCCCUGUGUUCCCUGCCGAUGCAACAAUCACAGCCAGAUGUGCGACCAGGAGACGGGAGCCUGCCAGGGUUGUGACCACCACACCUCCGGCCAUAACUGCGAGCUGUGUGCAUCGGGUUACUAUGGAAACGUGCACGGCUCAGUGUCGGACUGCUCCCUGUGCGGCUGUCCCCUCCGAGGGAACAGCUUCAGCUCCACGUGUGAGGUCACCGCGGCGAGCAUCGGAUACAUCUGCACCAACUGUAGCUCGGGAUAUGAGGGACAGCACUGUGAGAGGUGCUCAGAUGGUUACUAUGGCAACCCAACAGUGAUGGGUGGAGCCUGUGAGCGGUGCGGCUGCACUGAGUGGGGCGCGCUCAGUUCCUCCUGUAACAAGACCAGCGGGCAGUGUGAGUGCAAGGCCGGGGUGAGAGGUCAGCGCUGCGACCAGUGCCAGGAGCGCCAUGUGAUGGAAGCAGGACACUGCAUCUCCUGUAAUGAUGAGUGCACUGGGGUCCUUCUGGAUGAACUGGACAAUCUUCACUUUCAUCUGUCAUCUGUGAACAUCAGCAGCCUCCUCAAGGCCCCCUACAGCCAGCUGGUGGCGCUAGAGAACAGGACAAGAACCAUACAGAAGUCCUUUUCCAACACCAGCUCUCCCUCUGCGACGCUAUUGGCUGUGGAGGAUCAGCUGACCUCAGUGUCCUCAGAGCUCACCGUGGUCUCCAAGAAGGCAUCAGAGAUCACUGGACUUUUGAAGGAAGUGAGCGGGGUAACAGAGCACAGCGUUUCCCAGAGUGCACUGCUCCUGGAGAACGUCAACAAACUGAAUAAGAGAGUCACAGAGCUGAGCCAGGAGGUGGAACUUCUCAACCAGUCUAACCCCAAGACUCCUGAAUGGACCAAUCAGACGCAGAUGCUCCAGGAGGCGGAGUCACUUGUGGACUUCAUGAGAACAAUCGAUUUGUCGUACGCCAACGCUACGGCCAACCAGGAGCUCAGUUUGUCUGAGUCCACCUCCAGCUCUAUGCGUGACGUCCUGUCUUCAGCUGAUACAAUGGAGAGACAGCUUCACAAUUUGUCGUCUGAAAUGUCCGCUCACAUGGACAUUCUGAAGUCUGCCGAAAUGCACUUGAAAGACGCAGAAGAACACAACACGAUGGCUCACAAGCUGAUGGACACAGCCACCGGCAAACUGCACCACUACGAGUCUCUCAGUGAGAAAACCAACUCUGGAACUAACUCAGUGAAUGAUCUGAUGGAGGACAGUCAGCUGCUGCUUUCACACACGCUCAGCCUGACAGAGGAUCUCACCAACUCCACAGCGGAGGUGGAACUGUUGGCGGAGCAGCUCUCUCAGUCUCGCUCCAUGCUGAGGAAACAGGUGGACGGUCUGGUGAUCGGUCUGAAGAGGACAGACGCUCUGGAGUUGGUGUUCAGAGCAGAAAACCAUGCCCAGACCAUGCAUGGCCACGCCCUCUCCUUUCAAAGCUCCUUGUCGGCGGUGUGUAACUUCUCUCAGAACGGCACUCGUCUCUUCCGAUUGGACACGGACGUAACAGAGCAGGUUAACUCCGCCCACCAGGAGGCGUUGAGUGCAGAUAGCUCCGCCUCCAUCGCCGUCAACAUGAGCAUCCUCUCUGAGCAGUCUCUGUCCAAGGAGAGUGGAGUCAUCCUCAACGUCAGCUCCACCGUCUUAAAGGAGAGUCAGAGGGUUAACAACUCUGCUACAGACCUACAGAAUGAUAUCUCCUCCAUAACAUCACGACUAGCAGUGGUACGACAGAACUUCCUGAACGCUAGCUCCAUGCUGAGCCGACCAAUCAGAGAGCUGCAAUCUAUUUCAAAUGGUUCUUCUAUGACUUUGGCAAAACAACUUCAGACAGAGAGCCACUCCCACCUGCAGGAGGCGCUGAAGAGGCUGCAGAAGAUUCCGGGAGCAGCUGCUGGUGUCUCAUUCUGUGGUGGACAAGGCUAACGACUCUGUGAAGCAGACCAACGAGCUCAUGAGCAGCACGGACAGUACAGCCAAUGAGGCGGAGAAACAGCUGCAGGAGGCGGAGCUUCGUUCAGAGCGCCUGAUGGAACGAGUGAAGCCGCUGAGCAUUCUGGGAGAAAACCUGAGCCGUAACCUGUCUGAGAUCAGAGAGCUUAUUGAGCAGGCCCG